UCUUUCUUAUCCCUUCCCUUCCUUUCCUUUCAACUGCACAGUGGAACAAGACGUGCUGUGUGGGAAUAGCAAAUAUAGAUAUAUUCGUUUUUUCUUGGAUUGUAUAGGUUACUGGUUUUCAACUCUGUUAUUUUCAAUUGAUAAAGUUGUAGUCUAUUGAAACGUCAGUAAAAUUUUGAAUGCCAAUAUUAUACUACGUAAAUGAUAAGACUUUUUAUCAUUUCUACCGUUGCCAAAUCGCCCUUUGGAUAAAAAUGAGCACUUGAUGGGAAUUGGACUAUAAGGAAAUGAAGAAUCUUGAUAUCUUCGAUUUGAAGGAUUGUCAGUGAGCGGCCCUCCUAUAUAAGAUGGUUCCCAGUGUGUGUGGUGUGUCCCUGGCUGUGGUGUUGCUGACCCUGGUGUCUCCUGGUGGUGCCUGCCCUCUGCCCUGCUCUUGCUACCAGCCCACUGAACUACACUGCACCUUCAGAUCUCUGGUCAACAUACCACAGCCCCUACUACAACACACACUACACAUCAACCUGGGGUUCAACAGUAUCAGCAGGAUCCCAGACAGCUCAUUGGCCGGUCUGAGGAGGCUGGCGCUGCUGAUGCUUCAUGGGAAUGACAUCCAUGAGAUUCCUGACGGAGCUUUCCAAGAUCUGUCUUCCCUUCAGGUCCUGAAGCUGAGCUAUAACAAGCUGAGGGAGAUCUCAGCAAAGAGCUUCUCAGGCCUGUCCUCUCUACAGCGCCUCCACCUGGAUCACAACUGGCUGCAGUCCCUCCACCCCCAGGCCCUGCUCAGCCUCCCCAACCUCAGACUGAUCCGACUGCAGGGGAACCGGCUCCACCAGCUGCACCCGCAGGCCUUCUGCACUCUGUCCCUACUGCAGACAUUCUGCUACUCCACCCUCAGGCAUCUGGACGUGUCCAACAACAGUCUGACUAACCUGCCCAGAGACAUACUGAGGACCGCCCCUCUUCUGGAGUCCCUAGCUCUGCAGGCCAACCCCUGGACCUGUGACUGCAGCAUGGCUUGGCUGCAGGCCUGGAGCAUCUCUCACCCAGGGUUGUUGAAAUGUCCGGGGCCACAGUGCCUGGUCUGUGCCUCACCUAAUCACCUGAAGGGACGUGGUCUUUUGCAGCAGAAAGACUUAUCCUGCUCCUCGCCUGUAAUUGCCACCAAUCCCAGAGCCUCAUCUCAGGAGGAUGGCGGAAUUCAGUCAAUAGAAACUUUUAGAGAGGCUUUAGGUCACGCCUCCUUGGGGAUGUCCGACCAACAGGGGAAUGCCGUUGAUCUGAAGUGUAACAUCACACACUCCUCACAGACUCCUGACAUUACCCCACCACAACUUUCCUCCUCCUUCACCCCCCUCUCCCUCUCUCUAUCCCUUUCCCUGUUCUGUGGGGUGGAUGGGCACAGCUAUGAGAGGCUGUGGAGGCUGAUGGCCUACUACAGUGAGACACCUGCCAGGCUUCAGAGAGAAAUCAUGUUGAGUAAAGCCCCAACACUUGCCUACAGGUACAGACAGAGAGCAGAGAGAGAGGGCUACUACCAUACAGGGGUCAGGGCCAGUGUCCAAGCCCAUCCUGCCUGGUUACUGCAGCCCCAUGUUAGUCUCCAGUUCAACAGAGCUCAGUCCAGCACCCACAGGGUUAAACUGACCCUGUCCACCCUGGUGUCUGCCCCCCCAGACCCCCCAUCCCAACACCCCUGGGUCCUCAUCCAGACCAACCACACCCACACAGCUUUUACAGCAGCCACAGACAGCCAGAUCCACCUGCCCUGUCCUGUCCUUAGCUCUACUGAGGACCUAAGCUCUGGAGACCCCAGGCUCCAAUGGGUGUUUCCAGAUGGUUUAACAGUCUCCUUCCCCUACCAUAGCUCAGAUGGUAGGGUCCGGGUGUCUGGCCAAGGACUGAUCCUGCAGAGAGUGGAUCACUCUGAUGCUGGACUGUACUACUGCGUGGCCCGGGCGGGAGGAAAUGUCGAUGUUCUCCCCCUCCGUCUGGUGGUAGUAGAAUCAUCCAACGCUCCCCCAGGGGAGGAGCUAGGCGCUGCUGUGACUGGAUUGGUUGGAGACCCUGUCAGUCUACCGUGUGAGGCCUCUGGUUCACCGAAGGUUGAGGUGAACUGGGUUCUCCCUGACGGGGAAGUGGUAGGGAGUAGGAACAAGGGGAGAAGAAGGGGGGAGGCAGGGGUGACCGUCUUAGCCAAUGGUACCCUGUCUCUCCCCUUCCCUGGGCAGAGAGACGCAGGACUAUACCGUUGUGUAGCGGUGAACCAGCACGGUGCUGACUCUCACUCCACCAGACUGAUUCUAACCCCACGUUCUACCGACACCUCAUCAAGCAUGAGAUAUCCCAUGAGGCCACAGUCUGUGGUGGGGUUGUCCAACAGGGUACCAGCCCCUCUAGGGGUCAAGGAGGUUGAAGAGGGGGUGUCAGGAAAUGACAAGGAGGAGGAGGAGAACAUACUGCACACCAGGGCAGGUAACACCAGGAGGAGAGGUCUUAGACCUAAACCUCCUCUGACACGGCGCCCCCCCAUCAGAUCUCACAUGGUGAGGGUGGAGGGAGGCGGACCCCCUCAGAGGGGAAGGAGGCCCCUGAGGAGAGGCUUCCCUGUGGAGCAGAAGAGGAACAGGCUGGAGGGCCGUCGGAGGCUUAACCUGGCCAAACACAAGAUAGACCCUCAGAAAUGGGCCGAGCUGCUGGCUAAGAUACGUGAAAGGACUGCCCCUAAAAUCACAGACUCCCUGUAUGUAUCACCCCCAACUAGAGCACGUACUACCACCUCAGCCCCCUCAACUAGAGCAAAGACAACCACCUCAACCCCAACUGAAGCAAAGGAAACCACAUCAACCCCAAGUGAAGCAAAGACAACAACCUCAACCCCAACUGAAGCAAAGACAACAACCUCAACCCCAACUGAAGCAAAGGAAACCACAUCAACCCCAACUGAAGCAAAGGAAACCACAUCAACCCCAACUGAAGCAAAGGAAACCACAUCAACCCCAAGUGAAGCAAAGACAACAACCUCAACCCCAACUGAAGCAAAGGAAACCACAUCAACCCCAACUGAAGCAAAGGAAACCACAUCAACCCCAACUGAAGCAAAGGAAACCACAUCAAUCCCAACUGAAGCAAAGACAACAACCUCAACCCCAACUGAAGCAAAGACAACAACCUCAACCCCAACUGAAGCAAAGACAACCACAUCAAAUCCAACCGAAGCAAAGACAACCGCAGCAGCCCCAACUGAAGCAAAGACAACCAGAAUGCAGACAACCAGAAUAAAGCCAGGCAGCACACAACCAAAGACCACACAACCAAAGACCACACUACCAAACACCACACUACCAAAGAGCACACCAGAGGUUACAGUGGGAGGAAAAUCCCCUCAGCGUACUGUAUUGGAGUCAGAGGCUGAUACCACAGAGGGUUUUUCCACAGAUGUCCCCAGUCUACAGGAAGAGGGGUUGAAUACUGUUCACACAUCACUGAUCCCAGACCUGCUAACAAAGGAUAGAGUGGCCCCAGAGACAACAAACACUGCAGAUAAGACCAAUAACUUCCCCCAGACCCCUCAGUCAAAGACAGACACAGAUACAGGGACAGGAACAGAGACAGAGAGUUCCCCUAAAAGCACAAAGCCAACCUCCAGCAUCAAUGACAUUAGCACAGAGGUGCUUAAUCCUGUAAGGACCACAGGUGAGAGGGGGAGGUAUGGAACAACAAACUCUGGACAGUUAACAUUCUCCAACUCUGUCCCAUCGCAAUCCAGAAUCCCCUGGAAUUCCAGGAGAAGGCCCGGCCAGAGGAGACGCAACAACAGACCCAGAGGACGACCCACCGCCCCCCAGAAUUCCCCAGGUCCAACCUCCCCUCGCCAGAAUACCCCAGGUCCAACCUCCCCUCGCCAGAAUACCCCAGGUUCAACCUCCUCUCGCCAGAAUACCCCAGGUCCAACCUCCCCUCGCCAGAAUAGCCCAGGUCCAACCUCCUCUCGCCAGAAUACCCCAGGUCCAACCUCCUCUCGCCAGAAUACCCCAGGUUCAACCUCCUCUCGCCAGAAUACCCCAGGUUCAACCUCCUCCCGCCAGAAUACCCCAGGUCGCCAGAAUACCCCAGGUCCAACCUCCUCUACCCCGCCAGAAUACCCCAGGUUCAACCUCCUCUCGCCAGAAUACCCCCCAGGAAUUCCAACCUCCUCUCGCCAGAAUACCCCAGGUUCAACCUCCUCUCGCCAGAAUACCCCAGGUUCAACCUCCUCUCGCCAGAAUACCCCUCAACCUCCUCUCGCCAGAAUACCCCAGGUUCAACCUCCUCUCGCCAGAAUACCCCAUCAACCUCCUCUCGCCAGAAUACCCCCCAGGUUCAACCUCCUCUCGCCAGAAUACCCCAGGUCCAACCUCCUCUCGCCAGAAUACCCCAGGUUCAGAAUACCCCAGGUCAACCUCCUCGCCAGAAUACCCCAGGUCCAAGCCAGAAUACCCCAGGUCCAACCUCCUCUCGCCAGAAUACCCCAGGUCCACCCCAGGUCCUCCUCGCCAGAAUACCCCUCCCCUCCCUCGCCAGAAUACCCCAGGUCCAACCUACCCCAGGUCCAACCUCCUCUCGCCAGAAUACCCCAGGUCCAACCUCCUCUCGCCAGAAUACCCCAGGUCCAACCUCCUCUCGCCAGAAUACCCCAGGUCCAACCUCCCCUCGCCAGAAUACCCCAGGUCCAACCUCCUCUCGCCAGAAUAGCCCCAGAGCAGCACUUGCAGACCCCAGGGGACUGCAGAACAACACCUACUGGCACUGAGAAAGAACCCAGUGAGAUAGAACCCAGUGAGAUAAAACCCCUCUACCCAGCUGCUGAUGAAGAACCCAAUGAGGAAGAACCACCAGCCACUGAUGAAGAACCCAGUGAAAUAGAACCACCAGCAAAUGAUGAAGAACCCAGUGAGAUAGAACCACCAGCAACUGAUGAAGAACACAGAGAGGUAGAACCACCAGCAACUGAGGAGGAACACAGUGAGGUAGAACCACCAGCAACUGAUGAAGAACACAGAGAGGUAGAACCACCAGCCACUGAUGAAGAACAAAGAGAGGUAGAACCACCAGCCACUGAUGAAGAACACAGAGAGAUAGAACCACCAGCAACUGAUGAAGAACACAGUGAGAUGGAACCACCAGCAACUGAUGAAGAACACAGUGAGAUGGAACCACCAGCCACUGAUGAAGAACACAGUGAGAUGGAACCACCAGCCACUGACGAAGAACACAGUGAGAUGGAACCACCAGCCACUGAUGAAGAACACAGUGAGAUGGAACCAACUACUACCACUAUUCCUACAACUACUACCACUAUUCCCACAACUACUACCACUAUUCCCACAACUACGUCUACCACUCCUACUACUACAACAGUCUGGAGGAAUCCUGGGCUAAAUGCCAUCCCAGACUCACAUGGCAGUCGCUACCACCCCCCACCUUACCCCAACGACCCACAACACCGUAUCACUAGGCCUGACCCAGUCAGAACUCCACCCCCAAUAAAACACGCACCCUCUCUCCCACACCGUGCCAACCCCAAACUUCUUCUCCCAGACAUUUCAGAGACCCCUUCCUCUGCAGUCCUCACCACAAGAGCUCCGUCCAGCCCUCCCAAGAUCUUCCCACCCACCACAGACCCUCAGGCCGGGGUCAACACUGGCUCUACUCCUCCUCGUUCCCCUCCCCUCUCUCCACACCGUAGUGUGACUGCCCAACGCCCCCCUCAGACCCCUGUCCUGCGUGUCAGGCCCCUUAUUACUCCCCCCCACGUACGCUCCAUGUCUGUCCCAGCUGAGAGUGACGCCCUCCUGCCAUGCGAGGCCAUUGGACAGCCUCCUCCCACAAUCACCUGGAUCAAGGUCUCCACAGGAGCUGUGAUAUCACUGGACACCAAGGCAGAGCGUUUCCAGGUCCUACCCAACGGAACCUUUCUCAUCCAGAGUGUGCAGGUCCAGGACCGGGGGACAUAUAUCUGCAGCGCACAGAACUCUGUGGGUCUUGACCGCGUGAUGGUGACUCUGGAGGUCUGGUCCCGCCCACCACGCAUUCAGCUACCCACUCACAGAGAGGUCACGGUGCACCAGGGGGCAGAGGUGAGGUGGGAGUGUCGGGCUCAGGGGGUGCCUGUCCCUCUGCUGUCCUGGGUGCUACCUGACCGCUCCAUCCUGACCCCCGACCUUAACUCCAACCCUGCCCAUGGCCCUCACCCCCGGGUGUCUAUAUUCCCUAAUGGUACUCUGCGUAUUGUGGCUGUCGGCCCAGCAGACAGAGGACUGUAUCGCUGUGUAGCCUCCAACCCAGCAGGGACUAGCAGUCUGUCAGUCCGACUCCAUGUCUCCUUCCUGCCUCCAGCCAUCCAGCAGCCGAGAGAGGAGAGGGUAACCCAGCCAGCUGGCAUGCCUCUCUACGCCCACUGCUCUGCCCGGGGGGCCCCCGUUCCCUCCAUCCGCUGGAGGACCCCAGAUGGUACGCUGCUGCUCCCCUCUCAAUUCCUCAACGGGAACCUUUUUGUCCUCCCCAACGCCACCUUGCUGAUACGCAAGCUUUCCACUAAGGACUCUGGGAGCUAUGAGUGCCUGGCGACUAAUGCAGUAGGCGGGGAUAAGAGGACGGUGAGGGUGUUGGUGACUGGAGAUGAAGGAGGAGGUGUUGUCUCCACAGAUAAAACUACAUCCUCCUCUUCCAUUAACAGUAACUCUGACCUGAACCCCUCCUCAGCCGUCCUUAACCCUCCUCUCCGGCCCUCCUCCCCCCUCAGUAAGGCUAAGAUCCUCUCCACCUCUCCAUCCAGUUCUAUAGUUGUAUAUGGAGAAACUCUGCUCCUUCAAUGUUCAGUAACCGGCAACCCAGAGCCUAGAGUGGUCUGGAGGGUACCUGGCAAGAAACUAGUGGAUGCUCACUACAGUUUUGACAAGAGGAUGAAGGUACACAGUAAUGGAACGCUGUAUAUCCAGUCCAUGACGGAGAAAGACGGGGGGGACUAUUUAUGUGUCGCACGAAAUAAAAUGGCUGAUGACUACCGCCUCCUCCGUGUCACCGUGGUCACGAAGCCCGCUAAACCCGCUAAGAUUGAGCCAAAGCAGUCAUCCAAUCAGAAGGUGGUAUCGUAUGGAGCAGCUUUAAAGGUAGACUGUCUGGCCACCGGGCAGCCUGACCCCGCAGUGAGAUGGAGCCUACCGGACGGAACCUCAGUGAACAGCGUACUGUUGCAAGGGGACGAGAAAGGGGGACGGAGGAGGCGGCUGGUGGUGUUUGACAAUGGGACUCUGUUCCUCCCGUCAGUGGGGAUGGGGGAGGAGGGGGAGUACGUCUGCCACGCUGAGAACCAGAUGGGGAGAGACUCCAUGAGGGUGAUGAUCAAAGUCCUUACCUCACCCCCUUCCUUCCAAACAACGAGAUAUGAGGUCAUCAAGGUGCAACAAGGGGGCGUGGUGGCUCUGAACUGUGGGGCCAAAGGAGAGCCCAUCCCUACAGUCACAUGGUUCUCUCCAAUCAAUCAUGUCAUCCCUGUGGGGGGGUCCGGUCCAGUUGUAGUGCGGCCAGAUGGCUCCUUGGUGAUCCAGGGGGCUAGAGGGGCUGACGGAGGAAACUACACCUGCCGAGCCAGCAACGUGGCUGGGGAGAGGAGCAGAGUGAUGGGGGUGGAGGUGAGCGUGACCCCACCCAGCUUCACUCUCAAUGGGACUAGGGGUGGACUCGAUGGGACAGACAGACAUACAGCUGUUGUUAGCAGUAGUGGACUCAGUACUGUGAUCACCAUCAGUCAGUCUGCAGGGAGGGUUCAGUCGGGCAGGACUGGUAAUGGUGUCAGUAGUGGUAAUGGUGUCAUUAAUAAUGAAGUUAGUCAUAAUGGGGUCAGUAAUGUAGGGGACCAGAGGGUCUCAGCAGUAAGAGGCCAGACAGUUCUUUUGCCCUGUCCAUCCCAGGGCUUCCCUCCACCCCGCUUGGCCUGGUUGCUGCCUGGUAACGGGGUUCUCCCGGCGCCUUACUACGGCAGCAGACUCACUGUGCACCGCAACGGAACCCUGGAGCUGAGGGGGGUGAGGGCAAGCGAUGCUGGCCUGCUGGUGUGUGUUGCUCGCGGUGAGAGGGGCGAGGCUCAGAUGAUGGUACAUCUAGAGGUUUUAGACACACAGGACCCACCUCGCUCCAGAGGCCCAGUGACCACAGGGAAACCUCGCCCAGUAGGCCUAGUCAGCACAGAGAAACAUCGCCCAGUAGGCCUAGUCAGCACAGAGAAACCUCGCCCAGUAAGCCUAGUCAGCACAGUGAAACCUCACCCAGUAGGCCCAGUCAGCACAGAGAAACCUCACCCAGUGGGCCCAGAGAAACCUCGCUCAGGAUUCACAUUUACAGAGGAGACACCUCACCCCAGAGGCCCAGUCACUACUGAGAAACCUCACUUAGGAGGCCAAGUCAGCACAGAGACACCUCGCCCAGUAGGCGGGGAUAAGAGGACAGUACCAGGAGUUUCAUUCCGAGGGGAUACACCUCACCCAAGAGGCCCAGUGUCAGAGGCAGCAAGGAGUGUCAUCCCGGAGAGGAAGCCUUUGGUCAUCAGCAGAUCAGCUUCUCUGGUCAGCAUCAUAAGCGGAGAGAAUCUACGGCUACCCUGUCCCCAGACAGACAGCCCCAGUCAGAGUUCCAGCCAGACCCAGUCUCUGACCUGGACGUUGCCCAGCGGGGUGAUCGUGUCUCGGGGCCAGACAGCAGGGACGGGUCAGUACUCAAUCCUGGAUGACGGGACUCUGACUGUGCAGCAGGCGUCUGUGUUCGACAGGGGGACCUACUCCUGCCAAUCCACCAAUCAGGACACCUUGUCUAUCCUGACAGUUCCAGUGAUUGUCAUCGCCUACCCCCCUCGCAUCACCAACGGCCCCCCUCCCCUGACCUACACCCGGCCCGGAGUUGCUGUGCAGCUCACCUGCUACGUCAUAGCAACCCCCCGAGCGACCAUCACCUGGGAGAUGCCGGACCAAUCCCAGCUAAGGGUCACAGGUCAGGCCCGUCUCUAUGGCAACCGUUACCUGAGCCCCCAGGGUUCCCUAGUGAUCCAGAACCCGACCAGCAGAGACACUGGGUUCUACCGCUGUACUGCACGGAACGCCAUUGGAACCGACACCAAGGCCACUUAUCUACAUGUGAUCUAACAGAACACACACACAGUGAGACCUGGUCCUGCUUAUCUUCGUGUCUGGAGGAGGCACACACACACACACUUUUUGCCCUAAGAAACUGCAAAGUUGAGUGCAGAAGAUACUGUUCAACCAAAGACUGAUAAAAGAUAGUAAUAGAGAAUAUAAAACCAAAUGCAUUUUUUGUGUCAUGCAUCUUUUUAAACCUGUAUUUAACUAGGCAAGCCAGUUAAGAACAAAUUCUUAUUUACAAUGAAGGCCUACCCCGGCCAAACCCGGAUGGCGUGGGGCCAAUUGUGCUCCGCCCUAUGGGACUCCCAACACGGCUGGAUGUGUUUCAGCCAUAAUGUGUUAUGCAUCUUACAGCCAUAGUGUGUUAUGCAUCUUAUAGCCAUAGUGUGUUAUGCAUCUUACAGCCAUAGUGUGUUAUGCAUCUUACAGCGAUAGUGUGUUAUGCAUCUUACAGGCAUAGUGUGUUACACAUCUUACAGCCAUAGUGUGUUACACAUCUUACAGCCAUAGUGUGUUAUGCAUCUUACAGCCAUAAUGUGUUACACAUCUUACAGCCAUAAUGUGUUACACAUCUUACAGCCAUAGUGUGUUACGCAUCUUACAGCCAUAGUGUGUUACACAUCUUACAGCCAUAGUGUGUUACGCAUCUUACAGCCAUAGUGUGUUACACAUCUUACAGCCAUAGUGUGUUACGCAUCUUACAACCAUAGUGUGUUACACAUCUUACAGCCAUAGUGUGUUACACAUCUUACAACCAUAGUGUGUUACGCAUCUUACAGCCAUAGUGUGUUACACAUCUUACAGCCAUAGUGUGUUAUGCAUCUUACAGCCAUAGUGUGUUAUGCAUCUUACAGCCAUAGUGUGUUAUGCAUCUUACAGCCAUAGUGUGUUACACAUCUUACAGCCAUAGUGUGUUACACAUCUUACAACCAUAGUGUGUUAUGCAUCUUACAGCCAUAGUGUGUUAUGCAUCUUACAGCCAUAGUGUGUUACACAUCUUACAACCAUAGUGUGUUACACAUCUUACAACCAUAGUGUGUUAUGCAUCUUACAGCCAUAGUGUGUUAUGCAUCUUACAGCCAUAGUUAUGCAUCUU